AUGACUCCCGAGCCUGUCGAGCCAACUGCGACGGCGUCGCAAGCACCCUCUCGAUGGAGUCGACACGUUCCUGUGAUUGAGGUUAACGCGGCGAGCCAACAUGAAGAGAACUCGCACACGAUGGCUAUACCAGUCUACAACCCUGGAAGCCCCGAUAUGCUAGGACCGCGACAUGCUCGUCAUGCCCGUCUGAUGGCGAGCGAAGUCAAGUUGCAAGAGUGGCUGGGUGCACUGGCAGCUGCAACCCCUCCUGACCAGAAGCCCACAACGACCGAGACGGAAGACACGACGAAGCCAUCCAAGCCGGCUACUUUCAAUACCGUCGGCACCCUUCACAACCCCAAUGCUACGGCACCGAUACACCCUCCCACUCGACGGCCUCGCACUCGUCGUUUCAACGGACUCCAGUCACCUCCGGGUCCCCCAGGCUACGGUCCGUUCCCCAAUUCACUCCUGUCGGCUUUGCCCGUAGCAGAAGCGGAGAUAUCACCCCCUCCCACGAAAACCACCUUGCCGCAUUAUUCGCCUCUGCAGCAAAACCUCGAUCGAGCUGUCAGCCCCUUUGCCGAUGCGGACAGAGCACAAGCUACCGCCAUGGCGCUUCCUGCUAUCAGAGCUGGAAAUCUUCCAGCGCCCUCAACUGCAACUUUGGGCACCUUUUCGGACCUGAAGGAGAACGCUUCCACGACCGGAGACGAUGAUAGCUCCACCGGAGAUGAUAUACUCCUCGCAUCAACCUUCUCUGUCAAAAGUCUCACGAGUCUCGCAUCGUACCCAAACCCUAUGCAAAAGAAAGCCCAGAACACUCUUGCGCUGGCCAAAGCACGUACAGCUCAUUAUGGCAUCAACAGACCUGAUACACCCUCUUCGCUUCUCAGCAAGUCCUCCGUCACUGGAAGGAAUCAGCCCAUGAUUCCGUACGGCACCACAUCUGCCGGUAUUGGAACUCCACAGCCUCUUACGGCAGGCCCACCGGGCCAGCGUCCGUUCAAGCCAUCGACAGCGGAAUCUACUUACAGGAUUCUGCGCGCAUAUGAUGAUGAGAAAGUGGCUCUCCGCACCCCGCCAGGCUUUCUUUCCAUGGAGAAUGACUCUGGUGCACGUGGUAAUCCUGCAGUUCAGUCACUCUCGAGCAAGAAAGAUGAGCUUCAUGGACCAGGCGAUCGACUGCGUUCAAUCUCAGGAACAAUUCCAGUUGAUGACCGUAUCAAGGCGGCUCAGGCAGCUUUCAUUGAAGAGGCCGAAGAGACAUUCCAGCAUUGUUUCGGCAACAAUAAUUACCUACCCAGCAAGGUUUCGCCAAAUAAGAUCCCGAUCCUCGACACUCUACCCCUCGACAAGGCCAUGCAAUAUUUCAGGGGUGGCUUGCCCAGCAGUUACAAUGGGCAGACCUCCAUCAUCGACGAGCAUUGGUAUGAGCGUUACCCUCUUCAAGCCAGAGCUGCGUCCUUGAACCCAUCACCGGAAGAACAAGCACGGAGAGCUGAGAAGACGAACCGGAUAUUCUACUCGGGUGUGAGGCUACUCGGGAAAAAGGCUAAUGAGCUACUGCCCAUCUCCGCUGCUAGAAGUUCGGAGAGCAAAGUGGGGGUUAUUGGGGGGGAACGCAGAGAGCCGAGCAGUAAUGAUGAGAAGGAGUGCGGCGACCCUUUGGUGACUAUGGCGCUGGUUUCGCUGCUUGCUUGCAAGCAGGGCUCCAAGCUCAAUGAUCCGCAGAAUCCAUUUUCGUCUGAUUGGAGCAAAGCUGACCCGGCGUGGAUUGACACAUCUGAGGAUGGCAACAAGAGUUACUUCACUGCGAAGCCGGAGCCAGUGAAGAAGAAGGUGGCCAGACGUGUCACCAGACGCGGAUACUGA